GAAGAAGGCGGUAGUAAAGCGAGACAGCCUUUUUCAGUAACCUUCAAAUCCAAGGUUUUCGUCGUCCUAUAAAAGCUAUGUUUGACAAUAUCAGUUUUUUAAGCAGUCAAUUAUCCUGAAACGGCUAAAAGUAGCGCUUUUGGAGAAAUAUCAGCCGGCAGAAACAGGCUUGAAUUGAAAACUUGCUAGAUCCAGCUUCUCUUCUCUAUCCCCACCUUACUCAUUAUUAUAUAACGCACUUCUAUCCCUACUUCAAUCCCUGCGGCGAAUUUCUCCUCCUCCUAGCUCCUCGUUGACGUGGGUGUAAGGAAUUGGCUUUGAGAAAGAAAGGAUGAAGGAAGAAAUGAAAGAGAUGGUUCAAACAUUGGAGGCAAUCAAAGGUGGGGGAGGGUCCAUGAAGGUUGGGACCACAGGCACAAUUAGUGCUCUAGUUUCCAAAGAAUUAGAUUGCGUGAAACCUUCUCUUAAGACACCAGCGGGACCAAUAAAAAAGAAGCCCCCGUCCAUCUGUUCUUUUGUUGCUGGUGCUGCUACCAGUCCUAAACGAAUGAGACCCAAAACAUCAUCAUCAUUAAACGAAACCAUAAGUGGAAACGACAGUAAUAGCCCUGAAGCUGCGCGAAAGGUGAAGAACUACACUAGGAAAACCCAUGAAAUUCCCAUUCUAGAGUCGGGGCACUUGUCCGUGGAUGAAACAACUACUCCGGUUAGAGUGAAUGGUGUUAGGAGGGGGUCUCGUAUAGUGGAAAUCGUAGACCUAAAAUGUGGAAACCGUGAAAAGCAAUGGCCAACCCUUAAGAAGUUUAGUUUCUCUAAGCUCUCGGGAACCGCUGUUUAACCUCCAACCUCUAACACGUCCCCAUGCUUCUUACAUCAAGAAAUUACCCCUUUUAACUCUCAGCAUUAUGCAACUUGUGUCGUAGUAUAUUAUGAUUCCUCUACAGAUCAAGAAUUAGUAGAUCUUCCACCAUUUUCCCAUUUGUAUGAUUGGAUGAAAGGAUGAAAAAAUUGGAUCUCUUUGGCCUUAAACUCAGAUAAUUAUAUAAUGACUAGGCUUCAUGAGUUUACGAGCAUUUGUCUUUACAUUAUUCAUAGUAUGAUGUUGAAACUAUGACAGAGUGCUAUAGUAUAAGAGCCUCUUUUUGUCAUUUGUAUUUUCUCAUUUAAAUAUCUUAAGUCCCAUUAUGUGAAGCACUCUAAAUUACAACGGUUUGAGGACACCCGCAAGGCCGC